AUGAGUGAUUUCAUUAGGAGAAUAGUUACGAAAAUGAAAGCGGUUUCAACAGGUACUAAUAUCAUUGGUAACAAUAAGAACUCAAGUUAUGUAAACUGGUCCAAAGAACAACUAAUACGAAGGAUCACUGAGCUAGAAAAUGCAAACAAUCAAGACACUAAUAAAUCCCGUCACGUCGAAGAUAGCAAGAAACGUAAGCUGUCGCAAGAACAGAUAAUUAAAAACAAGACGAAAAAGCCUUUAAAGAAGUUCGACUUUUCUAAACAUAAUACUAGAUUCAUCGCUUUGAGAUUCGCCUAUUUGGGCUGGAAUUACAAUGGGUUAGCUAUACAAAAAGAAUAUACGCCUUUACCUACAGUAGAGGGUACCAUUUUGGAGGCUAUGAAUAAGUGUAAGCUUGUUCCAUCGAUGGUUUUACAAGACUAUAAUUUCAGCAGAUGUGGUAGAACAGAUAAAGGUGUGAGUGCGAUGAGCCAAGUUAUUUCGCUAAAAGUUCGUUCAAACUUGACAGAUGAAGAACAGCUUGACCCAGCCAACGAUUGCAAGGAAAUACCUUAUGUUCAUGUCUUGAAUCAGCUACUGCCCGACGAUAUUCGUAUAUCGGCUGUCUGCCUCAGACCUCCACCGAAUUUUGAUGCAAGAUUCAGUUGUGUUCACCGACACUAUAAGUAUGUUUUCAAAGGAGAGAACCUUGACAUUGAUAAAAUGUCCAAAGCGGCAUCAUAUUUUCUUGGAGAGAAAGACUUCAGAAAUUUUUGUAAACUUGAUGGUUCAAAACAAAUCACCAACUUUAAACGGACAAUAAUAAGCUCAAAGAUUCUUCCCCUUUCUGGAACUUUCUACUGUUUCGAUCUAAUUGGUUCAGCAUUUCUGUGGCACCAGGUUCGUUGCAUGAUGGCUGUUCUUUUUUUAGUUGGUCAAGCGCUCGAAGAACCUGAAGUUGUCUUGCACCUGCUUGAUAUUGAAAGAACACCUCGAAGACCUGUUUAUGACAUGGCAGAUGAUAUCCCAUUAUUAUUAUACGAUUGUAAAUUUCCUCAAAUGAAAUGGCAAGAGCCUGCUGUGGAUGACUAUAAGGCAAUAAAAUUUACCACAGCAACUGAAGCGUUGACAUUACAUUACGAACUAAAGGCCACAGUGUGCAACAUUUUUAAGGAUGUUUUGCCCACAGCUGAUUCUAGUAAGCUCUCAAAGACAGUCAUUAACUUGGGUGAUGGGAAGGGUAAGAUAGUAGGAAAUUAUUUGAAACUGAAGGAAAGAAGUGUGAUGGAAUCCGUAGAAGUUGUUAAUGCCAAGUAUUUUAAAAGAAAGGAUAAAAAAAGUAAAUAA